GUUCAUGCACUGGGGAGAGACAACUUACCGAGAAUGGACGACGCCGACAAAAUGCUUUAUCUUCAAGCUACCAUUUGCUAAGUGAUACGCAAGACCUCUCCAGUGCCCAGAGCAGGUACAGUGACAAUAAACGAUGUAGCACUUGCAGGAUAUCAUAUUCCAAAAGGAACUACGAUUAUGGUCAAUAUUGCUGAAAUUCACAAAGAUGAGCGAGAAUGGCUGCAGCCACAUAAAUUCAAGCCAGAGCGUUUCUUAGAUGAAGAUGGGAAGUUUGUUGGAUGGACAAAGUAUCCUGUAUUUAUGCCGUUUGGUUUAGGUCGAAGAAAAUGCGCCGGAAUAUUGUUUGCAAAGAUCAUGUUAUUAACGUUUGCUGCAGCAUUAUUGCAACAACUCAAGUUUGAGCUUCCAGAAAGAGCAAAGAAACGGGAUGAAGAUGGAUCACGUUGGGGAAUCAUUAAUGAUCCUGAUGAUUUUCAGGCUGUUGCCACGAAAAGGUUUUGAGAAGUUUAUAUAUAUAAAUACUUCACAUAAAAUCAAAUAAAAGCGUGGUUAAUGUUACAGGAUAUAUAUCUGCAUGCUACUAACAAUAUUUCAAUAUACUUGACGACUAUUGUUCUUUUAUGAUUUUGCCAAGAUAACUAUUAAUAACAAGGACUGUGUACAAUAGCAAUAACUCGGAAAUAAAGCUUUAUAAACGUUA